AUAAACAUGACAAUUGAUGCAUCAACCUAUGCUUUUUACUAUAAUCUUAAACACAUUGCUGCGUGUGCCACUGCCCACGUUGGUACAUACGCGCUUUGUCCAGUAUUAGACGCCAGAUGACGCUCUUGUCUAACGGUCUCGCCCUUUUUAGCCCAGACCCCUAGAUGAUUUCCAUACCCAGAAGUUAUCGGACACGUUUUCCUGUCUAUCAAUAACCUCCCGGGGAUCAAGCCAAUUUAUGACUGGCCAACAGUUGCACGUGAUUCUAUUUAAACGCUCCAUAUUUGGGCAUUACGCGUCGUAUCAAGAAAAAAAGGAAAUGAUUUCCUCCACCUAUAAAUCCUGCUCUUUUUUAGGGAAACCUAACAUCCUCAAGAAAUACAAAUAAAAUCCAAUAAACAAACACAACUCGUAAACAACUUAUGUAUACUUUAUUAGCUGAUUCCGUUUCUGUUGUGACGAAGUGCUUUUUGUGACUCGUCUCGCUGGUUCGCAGGUUAUUUUGUUUGGGAAAUAGAAUGAGCUCAUACGUUGGAAAGUCUUUUUCUAAGCAAUCGCAAGACGCCUCCUCUUGUACAAUGCACACUUUUGGCAACUAUGAGUCUCUCUCUGAGUUCCGCCAGUCCAAUUACGCGUACGAAGGGCUCGAUCUCAGCGGAUCCUUCAGUGCUCAAAUCUCCUCCAACUCUUUAAAACCGGAGGCGAUAAACACAACCGACCGUGCAAGGAUCGGUGCGGCAGUUCAGCGACCACAAUCCUGUUCAGCUCUGGGCUCUCAUAGCUUCGUAAGCACUCACGGGUACAACCCCCUCAGUCACGGACUGUUGAGCCAAAAAGCCGAGGGGAAUAUGGAAGUUAUGGAGAAGCCCAGCGGCAAGAGUCGCACAGGCGAUGUCAAAAUGGAGACUACUUCAGCGAUAAAACAACAAACUAAUUCAACCCAGCGUCAGCACCAGUCGCAGCCGCAGAUAUAUCCGUGGAUGACAAAGCUACACAUGAGCCACGAAUCUGACGGUAAAAGGUCACGAACCAGUUACACCCGCUACCAGACUCUGGAGUUGGAGAAAGAGUUCCAUUUCAACCGAUACCUCACACGUCGCAGGCGUAUCGAGAUUGCCAAUAACCUCUGCUUGAACGAGCGCCAAAUUAAAAUCUGGUUCCAGAACCGUCGCAUGAAGUGGAAGAAGGACUCAAAGUUGAAAGUAAAAGGAGGACUUUAAAUAAUGAUGUACGGCUCCAACUGAAAUAAAGUCAAGACUGGCUUUUUAGUGAAAUAGUAAACGGUUAUAAGAGAUCUUGCUGUUUACUGCAGUGUAUGAUGCUUUUAUUUUAUUUGUCUACAAUAUCAUGUUGUUAUGUGCAUAUUUCCACAUUUCCCAUAUUUAUUAACAUUUCCCCCCUGCCCAAGUGCGGGAAGUGCUUUUCGAGUAAUGUAUGACCUUAAACUUUAUUUGAAUGUGCUAAAAUUGGUUGUACUUAUUGACUAUAAAUAAUAUGCCAAGGCCUGCAUCCAGUUACUUUGGCCUAAAUGUAAGUGCAAAUAAUUUGGUGAUUUAAACUUGAACAUUCAUCAAUCUGACCACUGUAUUUUUGCAUUUUGAGAUGACAUGUCUGCAUUGUACUUUCUGUCGUAAAUACAUCAACUAUAAUAUCCACACAAUGAUAGUAAACCGCACGACAUGCAAAAAUGCACAAACUAAUUGCUGUGUAUCAUGUUUUCUUUCUGCCAGGAGCAUAUAAAUGGUACAUUUCUCUUGGGAAUUAUAUUUAUUCAAAUACUGUACAAUCAGAGCAAUUACUCUUUCAUUGUAAAUGGACUGUUUGGGCUCAUUUCUAAGGCAGGUACCAUGACGUUUGUAUAGGCCAAGCUGUAACUAAUGAGUGGCUUAUUGAUACACCUCAAACACGACCUACUUUUGCGCGAACUCACUUGUUUUGUGUGAAAACUAAUCAAUUUUGCUAUUCAUCCUUUUGUUUUGCUGGUAAAAAUAUAUAUUUUUUCAUUUAUCAAUGUAUCAAGGUAAAAAGACAAACUGCCAAUUUACAGUGACAAUGCAUCAGUCAGUUCGUUUGCCGUGGGUUAAAUACAACUGUGUACAGUUUAACAGUCUCGUAAUACUGUAAUAAACUUCAUGAAACCUAAAGUUUUGUAACUUCAUUUGUUUGCUAUAAAUAAUAGGGUAAAAAAUUACGUGUCUUUCGAAAAUAUACUUUUCCUAACUUUUUAAGAGAAGAAAACGUUAUGCGCAAUUUAACUUGAAUUAAUAUGAUUUUGAUUCGCGUACUUCUAGGUCCAGUUGCAUGUGUAUACUUACAGAGAUGAGACAUGAUUAAGCUUUAACGCUUUGGUCACUUAUUUACAGUAGCCCUUAGACGGAGGCACAUAAAACUUUAUGACCCCAAUAAACUUUUACAGCGCUUCCUCUCACCCAUCAGAAACUGACAACUGUUUCCUUUUUAACAAACUGGCGGAAGUUUACACAAACAUUUCAAAGUGACGUUUGGUAUUAGACCCUAAACAACAAGAUAAUGGCUGGCACAUUUAAUCAAAAAUUCCAUUCCAGAAAUAAUGAGGUGAUAAAUGAACAGAUUGGGAUGUUUGGAUAAUAAAUUUGCAGUGUAAGACAGGCAACACUGGUUAAAAUCAAUUGUUUAUUUUUCGUUGAAACCACAACUAAAAGGUUAAAUAACUUUUGGAUAUGUAUAUUAUUGUUGCUAUAUUAAAUUUCGAUGAAGACAUUUGUGAUGCAAGUUACUCUACGUACAAAUUUAGCGCAGUCCAGGCCUGUGGCAAUAAAGGUGAAACAGAGGACACAGCAAGAGCGUUCCCUGCGUGUGCAAAAUGCUAAUAUCCGACUAGCUUGCUAUAACCAGACUCUCUUUCGGUUCGUUUUUCGUUCAUCAUAAUGUUUUCGGACAUUUUAAUCUCCAUGUUUCUGAGGAUUUUGAAUGUCACAAUUACAUACACAUUAAAACAGUCAGCUAUUCGAUUUAACACUGUUCGAAAUGUGCUUUUAUUUUAGAAGGGUCUCACUCACCUAUAUUGGAGUAAAUGUCCAUGCUUCUUUGAAUUUCUACACUUGCUGUCUUGUGGUGACCGUAAGGGGCACUUUGCGAGUUACUGUGGCUACUAUGUUGCUUUUUACACAAACCCCUCUUUUUUUAGCUCACUUGCCACGUAUUUUGAAGUUUUGAGGGUUAUUUAUGCCAAUUGCCCAAAGCUGGACCAGUGAGUGGUGCAGGGCGAGCACGUGGGGUCAUUAAAGUGGGUUUUAUGGCCUGCAAGACCUGACAAACCCUCAAUAUAUUUACAUCAUAUAUAAUGUUAACUGUCCGUAAUCGCAGCUGUUGGCUAGUCUUAUCUCUGAGACGACGGCCGAGAGCCUGUUAGUGUGGGUUACUCGCGUCAGGGUCUGUAGACCGCUAAAGUUCGACUCUCCCAAAUGGAUCCCAAGCGGUUGCAGUAAGUUAAUAAUCUUGUUUUCCCCUUUUUAAAUUAAAUAUGUACUUUCCUCCGUAACACCCUCGGGAAUUAAUCGAGCAUGUAAUUUAAUAAUUCGUUGAGAAAUUGUUUCACGUGGCGCGCAAUGUGUCCACCUCUCGUGUUAAAUAAUAACUUAAGUGUGCGCUGAUUUUAUUCAUAGAAAAGAAGUAGGUUAUAUAGUAGCCCUUUAAACAUGCUGUAUGUGUAUAUUAAUUUGACAUCGAUAUAAAACUGUUUUAAAUGCAUAUGCAAUGUGUGUCAUGACAAAUAUUUUCAAAAAGCUGUACGAUGCAUGCCUCAGUCGUAAAAUUGCAAGGAUAAAGCUUUGUUAUGGACUAAUAAUAAUAAACUUGAAUAACUAUAAGGUUUUCGUUUUUGGCUAUCUGCGUGCUAAAGUGUAAAUGAAUGCAUGUGAGAAGCUAAUCUCGUAAUAAGCGAUCAUGUAUUGGUUUGCAGAUGAGCAGAACAUAUAUCUUUAGAUCGGACAUAAUGUGGGGUCAUGUGCAGGGCAGAGAAGAUGUGUUGUUGUGUGGUGGGGUCAUGUACAGGGCAGUGUGCAUUUUAAGACAGCGGCACCUGAUACAUAACCAUUUCCAAAUAUUUAUAUGCCAUUACGUGUAUGUUCAUGGAAAUGGCUUUGAAUUGUACACAAGCAAGUACAUUUUAUAGAAAACAUACGAGAUUUUUGACCACUAUUAUUUGUCGGUUUUCAGUGGUUUUGGUCUUAUUUGACAGAUGAGGUUGCAUUUGUGCAUUAAGGCAUUUUAUGAAAAGUUUAAGCCAUAGCUUACUUUAUAAUGUCGCACUUGGAAACAUAAUAAGCUGGACUGCUCAAAUCAUAGAGAAUGUUGUCUUUAAUAUGUGCAAGGCGGAACUUGGCUGAGCUGAAGCUUGGCUGCAAUCUUCAUACUGCUGUGUUACUAUUUUGUGGAGGCCUGUGAAAUAUUACGAGACCUCAUUAAAAAAAGAACCAAUGCAUUUGUUUUGUAUAGGCUUGAUAAAGUAAUUCAGGUCCAUUUUUGCUCUUCAAGCAGGUGUGCAAAAAGAAAUGUCUUCUCGAUAAUAUUUGUCUUCUUUUUUAUGCUCCAACAAAAUUUCCAUUGUAUACCGUGAUAGCUCAUUUAUAAUGAAGAAAUGAAGGGGAAAAACAAAGUAUAAUGUUCUGACAUGGUCAUGCAAUCAUUUGAGCUGAUUUAUCUAUUUUAAACAUAAUAAAUGGUAGGACAUGUUGUGUAUAUUUUGAAAGAGAUUGCUGCAGGGGAUGUCUGUGGUUUAAGAAAUGAGAGUGAGCUGCAGGUACAGAAACAAUCCUAUCCCAUUUUGGAGAGUUUAAAUUGCAGCAGUUUACUAGAAAAGAAUUUACAAAGCUAGUUGAAGGAGGCUACUCAAAAGCUGAAAUUGGGAAAAUGUGGAAUCCAAUUAUUAACAAUUCACUUUACAGUAUAGAUGUAAAACACAUUUAUAAAACAUGUAAAUGCUAUUUUAUUUUAAUUUGCUUGUACAGAGGGAUCCCAAGCAAAUUCUAGUCAGGAUGCUGUUUCAGAACAUGAAAGCAAUCAAAUUUGCUAAUAUUUCAUAAAUUGCUUGCCAGAGUUUACCUAUCACUAAACUGUCCCAGCCUCAUAUGUCAGUUUGUGUUGUCCAGACAAUGUUAGAAAUCUACUAAGAGGUUUAAAGUUAAUUUUAAGUGUUUAAAUACUUAUUCACUGUGAAGCUCUGUCCUGUAAGGCUGCUUCUUGUUGUAAAUACUGCUGAGUUGUAAAUUUCAAACUGUCCAACGGGCAUUCCUCCAGGGCUUGGUGUUAGGCUAAUGCCUUUCAUUUUUUAAAGACAGACCUGGCAAAUAGAACAGGGAAGGAGCUUUGGGUUGUCAUCAAAACAGGUUAUGUCAUUGGCAAGAUAUUGAACUUGAUAGAACUUGUGAAGUUGCUCUUAGUAAAUGCUGAUGAACAAGACUUGUCAAAACAAGACAUUAGGUUAUUUAACUGUGGAAAUUGUUUUGCUAGUGUAAUAUAUACUAACACAACAUUGGCUGUGUUUUUAACCACUACGGUUAAUAAACAAUUACUUGUGGAAUCAUACAUUGGCUCAUACAUAACCGCUUAUAAGUUGGAAUAGAUAAUACCAUUUAUUAUAAUCAAUAUAUUUUUAAAAGCAUGUUAUAUGAAAAAAUAUCAUAUAUUGUGUUAUUCAUCGUUCACUAAUAUUAAAAACUUGAAUUAAAAUGUUUUCUGCUUUAUGUUUAAAUGAUGUUGUCUAUAUCCCUUUCACAUAUUAUUAUAACUAUAAGACACAAUGGCAUGAUACUACUAUGAAGGUUAACUAGUGAUUAUAUCAAAGCAGGAGUUUAUUGGUGUUGGUACCAUUCUUGGCUCAGAGCAGGUGCACUUUUUACUGGAUUGAUGCAGAAAGAUACUAUUAUCUAAAAUACAUUCAUUUUUUAAGUAGUAUGUUAAAUUAUAUAGAUACAUUUUUGCAGGUUUGGCAUGUUCAUGAGAGCAUAUUUAGUCAUAUAAUUUGUAAUGUUCUAUAACCAAGAACAUACACUCUUGUUACACACUGUUAUUUAGGAAAUAAAGGCAUUUUAUUACAGUAAAAGUAUUUAAACAACUGUUUAAUUUGAUGUUACCAUUUAUAAUUAAAGGUAAAAUUAUCUUGCCUGUUUUCAGUCUGUAUUGCACCCAUUUACCCAUAAAAAACUCUUUGAAUACCGUGUCAGAAACAUUAACUGCCAAUAGGGGGCAAUAGUUUUAUAUCCCUCUGUAUUCCUCUCCCUCAGUUGAGGCCACACUGGGUUUAACAUAUUUUUUGUCAUUUACCAGAUUACUAGCUAACGACAUAUAGCAGUGCACCAAUUGUCCUUCAGAGCAGUUUCAUUAUAGAUACAUUUGGAAAGAAUUUGUAAAUCACACAGAAUUGAAAAGACAUUAUGUUGUUGCUUGCAGAGUCACUAAAUAACAACACUUCUCUGCUGGAAUAGCCUCUAGCUACAAUCUGCAUUCUGUUUGUAGACAAUUCCUGUUUGGACAAGCAUUUCCAAGCUCUAUCUUUGUCUUUGUGGGUAAAAUCUUUAUUGUUUUGUGAAUCAUACAGAGGGGAAAUAUGAAUAAGGACAUCAAAAGAGUUAUGGAAUAUUAAUUGGAGUAUUUGGGUUAGUGGUUAUUUUAAUAAACUGUUCAAAAUUCAGGGAUAACAUGAGCUCUAUUAUAGCAAUUACACUGUAAAUUAUUUGACUUUGCCAGAAAUACAGGAACUCCUGCUUAACAUUUUACAUUUGUUUCUAUCUUAGUGUUUUUAAGGACGCUUUGUUUGUGUGUUCAGAGCGUGAACAAUUGUAUUGAGUCAGAUUGUUUGAUGUCUUUGUCUGUAUACAUACACUGAUGAACAAUCUUUCACUCACUUUACAUAUAAAUUACAUUAUAUAAUUUCCUAAAAUUUAUUUUUUUAUUUAGUAGCGUAUUAGUAUUUUGUAGUAUUCAUAUUGACCAGCAUUCAUUUUAAAAACAAAGAGUUUUAGCCUAUAUUCCCAUAUUGUUUUGGUUAAAAACUAUGCAAGAAAGUGGCUAAUUUUUGUUUAUUUUAUGACCAUUUUAUGAGCAAGUGGGUUCUCAUUUUAGGGCCUUUUAUUAUUGCAAAAAUAACUACAUUAAUCAAGAAAAUAGUUCUAAAAAUAACCUGUGCUAAAUACACAGCCUUGUCCUAGUUUAAAACAUAAUGCCUUUGGACAGUUUACCCUCAAAAGGGGGAAAAAGAGAAACUAAUAAAAACAUUAAAUCAUUACAAGUAAAAAAUUGAAAUGCAGUCAUCAAAUUAACUUAGCCCAUUUUCCUUAAGCUUUUAAUUUUGGUAAUAAAUGUUUUUCUCUUUAAUCUUUAACAGUUAUAUACAACUAAAAUAUGUUCACAACACUAACACUUUAAAUUCAUAUCCAAGCCCAUUUGUUCCUGAAAGAAAAAAAACAAGUGAUGUAAGUGAUUUGUUUGGAUUUUAUUUUUAUUAUUUAUCUAAAUGGCUUUCUUUCUUUUUAGCGGAUGAGGAAAUGAUGAAUGUACGGAAAGACGGGUCGCGUGGUUGAACCG